AUGUCUCAAUCAUCUUCCAUCUCCAUCGGUGCCAGCAUCAACACUGUUGCUGCAGUCAGUAGCAGCAUCAACCCCUUCACUGAAAGCCAAGUUCCUCUUGCCAUCAUCAAGAACCUUGCGAUGCACAGUGCCAAUGCUCUUUCAAACCCUGAUGAUGCUUUCCCAUCUCCAGUAGCUGAUGACCUUGCUCCUUCUGAUGCCAUCAACAGUGAUGAUGACUUCACUUUGCCGCUCCCUGCUGCCAACCAGACUGCUCUUGCUGCUCCAGUUGAUCUGAAGGUUGCCAACCAGCUUUGCAGCUUCCGCCUCCGCCUCCUCCAGCACCCUUCUCUUCUCCUCUGCACUCGCCCUGAGUGCACUCACCACCUGCCACUCAUCCCAACCUAUGCCAAUGUGUCUCAGCACCUCAAGUCCCACCAUCAUCCGCUCACCAAGACUGGCAUCAAGCUGUUGGAGGAGACACUCCUUACUCUCGACCUUGUCAGCCCUGCUACUGUCAGCAUCAACACCAAUCUACUCCCCAUCAACCUCAUCAAGGAGCUUGAUACAUUUGAUGGCUACUGUUGCAGUAUCUGCGAGUAUGCUGUCAAGUCAAGCUCCUCUGCAUACAAGCACCAGCGCAGCAGCCAUGAUGGCAAGGCUUCUGUCAUCCACCCUGUUCUCAUUCAGCCCAUCUUCACCAGUGGUCCCUUCACCCGCUAUGUGUGGGUCUUCAACAGCAAGCUCGAGCCUACACCCCCUCCUGUUGCCUUCAACAUCAACACAGAGGAGGACGCAGCUUUCAAGGAGCAGCUGGAAGCAUUCUUUGCCAAGGAUGCAGAGCUAAUGGCAAAGGCAGAUCUGGACAUGGAGGGCAUUCAACCACGAACUGUGACUGGCAAUCUCAGCCCAUGGCUCAAGCAGCUAGGCUGGCAGGAGUACUGGGCUGGCAAGCCAGUGGCGGCCAUUGGUUCCCUUGGCUGCAACCCUCACAAGUGGCCAGGUGCCCACCAGGACUUCCUUCACUGGCUGCUUGGCAUGACACAACAGUGUACACAGCAGUGGAUGGAGGCACUUCUUCAAUCUGGCCGCCAGGUGCAGCAAACCUUCCAUGCCUUUGACGACACCCCUAGCCAUCCAUACUCCCUUGAUCAACCCACAGUCAUCAAGCGUGCUGACUGCUGGGCAAUGCUCAUCACCAUGCUGGCUCAUGUCAUGCUAGAUGGCAAGGUUCUUGGCUACUAUGGUGAUGAUGAUCAGGAUGCACACCUUGGCAUCAGUGAACAGCUUGCAGGGCUCUUCGAGGACCUUCAGGACCUCUUCCAUGAUCCCAAUCUGGAUGUUGAUGUCUCCAUGCAUCCUGAUGUGGUUUUGCAAGCAUUUAGUGGCAUCCAGUCGAUCAGUGUCUACCUCAUCACCCAAGAUCCUCCUGCCUAUGGUGAGCUGGAACGUCUUCCUCUGCUACGCACCUUCCUCCACCUCUGCCUCUCUCCUGAUGGCACAUCCAAGCCGGUCAAUACAGCAACCUCGAUCCUGGUCAACUUGGAGUUUGCAUUCCGUGCAGUGAUGCAUCACCACCUCCUCCACCCAGAGCAUGGCACUCUCAUUGGCAAGCCAGUCCCAGAGAUCAACAAGGGGGUUCAAGCAGUUAUGAAGCGUUACCUGUUCAACAACAGCUACUCGGCAAGUGCUCAUCUGCAAUCCCUUCUCUGCUAUGGGACCAAGCUGGCUAAGGAUGAUGGCGGCAGCCUCUACUUCCGGUGGUCUGAGGAUAGGAAGCUGGUGACUUAUGGCACUAACACAAUCAAGAUCAGCUGCCUUCACACCCUUGUCCAAGGCACCUUGGACCGUGCCACCUCUCUGUUGGAGCAGCUGCUGCUGAAGGAUGGUGCCUUGUCCGAGCAUGUGGAUCUGUCUACAUACAAGGACCACUUCUGCAACAGGGAGCCAGGCUACAGCUUUGUUACUGCUACAAAGCAAGAUACUGGCACCUUUUGCCUCCGUCAGGCUCUCAAAGGCUUUCCUCAGCAUCAACCGCUCCUUGAUACUUGCUCAGCAGAGCCAGAGUUUGACAUGGCUGCUGCCCAUGCCUACUUUGCCCUUCACAAUGAGUUCAACAAGCUCCUUGCUGUGCUCAUUGAGCUCACCAGUGGUCUGCCGGCAAGAGGCACAGAGCUGGUCAAGCUGCAGCACACCAACACAUUGGUCAGCCAGCGCAACCUCUUCCUUGCUGAUGGUCACUUUGUCACUGUGCUUGCCAGCAACAAGGGCAAAGGUCCAUCCAAGCUCAUCCCUCGCUUCCUCCCUCAUGCUGUUGGCCAGCUGGUGCUCUUUUACGUCAUGGAGGUAGUGCCUUUCCUGCACCUCCUCUUCAACUCGGUAGAAGUUGCACGGGAGCCAAGUGCUCUCCUCCUUGUCAAUCACAGGGGUCAGCCAUGGCAGACCAAUGACAUCAGCAAGACAUUACAGAGUCUUUGUCAGGAGUUUGUUGGCCCAUCAGCAAGUUCUCUCCACAUACGCAACUGGCGGCAGCUGUCAGUCAGCAUUGACAAGGUGCUCAUCCGGCCUGGCCUUCCCUCAGAGGAGUAUGCUGACCAUUCUCACGACUUGCAAGCUGGUCACUCCACGUCUACUGCUCAGCAGCACUAUGGUCUGGACAGCAGCAUGCUACUUGAACUGACACAGGAGAGCUUGGAUUGUAUGCUCUCUGUCUCCAAGAGGUGGCAUGCAUUCUGGUGUCUGGCUUCACGCUACCAGGAUGCUGUGCAGCCAUUGGAUGCAGCAGCACCUCUUCAGGCAGGCUCUGCAUGUGUCAAUGCUGCCUUGCCUGUGGAUCUCAAGCGCAAGUUGGACAAGUUGGACAAGUUGGAGGAAGAUGUCCGGCACAUCAGGAGAAAGGUGGAGGAGAAGCCAUCUGCUUCCCUUGCAAACAUCAUCCCUCCUGUUGUCGAGAACCACCGUUCAGCUGUAAUACCUCCUGUGGUCAGAAAAGCUCUCUUCAAGGUCACCAGUAGCCACUGUACCAAGACAGUGGAGCAGGCAUAUGCACUCAAUGCCAUUCACAGGUGUGAGUCACCACUGAUCAUUGUCAUGGCAACAGGCACUGGCAAGUCUGCGCUCUUCAUGACACCUCUGUUUUGGCUUCCUCCUACCUCGGUGGUGGUGGUGGUUGUACCAUUCAUUGCGCUCAUGGAGGACCUACUGGAGCAAUGCAAGCUUGUUGGGAUCGUUGCAAGCAAGUGGUCUGGGUACAACUGUGCCAAGAAGGUGGAGGGAAGUCAGCUUGUGUUGGUGGCUGCAGAGAAUUGCUACAACGAGCACUUUGGCAGCUGGGCACAGGAGAUGGUGGAGCAAGAGUGCCUGGCAGCCAUCUUCUUUGAUGAGUGUCAUGUCUGCAUCACACAAGACUCCUUCCGGCCAUCAAUGGCAAAGAUCAAGCAACUGAUCACCACUGUUCCAGUGCCUCAGUACUUCCUCACUGCCACCCUGCCGCCAAGCCUCCUGUUGACCUUCAAGGCUGCACUUUGUCUCCCACAAGAUGGCACUGGUAUCAUCCGUGCUGCUACCAACCGCAACAACAUUGCCUACUCUGUUCAAUGGCUGCCAUCCUCUGCAACCAUGGACUUUUACUUGCAGCAGCUUCUCCGAUCCCAUCCCCAUGGCUCCAUCAUGGUCAUCUGCCGUUCAAGGAUAGCUGCCGAGACUACAGCCAGGUUGCUGAGUUGCCAGUGUAUCUGGUCAGAAAUGGAUCAGGCAGACAAAAAGGCUAUCCUCUUGUCGUGGCUUGCCUCUUCAGCAGCAGAGAUGGAUAACAGCAAGCGUGUCUUGGUGGGCACAACAGCCAUUGGCACUGGCAUCAAUCCUCAGCAUGUCAGCUUGGUUGUGCACAUGGGUGGAGCAUAUGAUAUGGUCAGCUAUGUGCAGGAGUCAGGACGUGCUGGCAGGAGUGGUCAGCCAGCCAAGGCAGUGAUGAUGGUCUAUGAUGGUGUACGGUUGGAGGACAAGGUUGAUCUGUAUGUCAAGGAGAAGGUGUGCAGACGUGUAGCUAUCUCUAGCUACAUGGACGGCAUGCCCCUCACCUGUCUCAAAGAUACAGUAUCAGCAGGGCAUGGCCGAUCUCAGCUCACUGGCGCAGCAUCCAAGUAA